AUGGACAAGAUGGUGACGAAACUUGAAAGUGCACUCAUAUAUCAAGGCUCCAGUGUUCCUCCACCACCUAGCCUAUCUGAUGUAGGUUCUUCAACUUCUCCUAACCAAAGCCGCCAGAGGUCCCCUGCGAAUCAUGUAGUUUAUUCAAAUGGUGGCGAGAGGAUCGUGAAGAAGCUCAGGUUGUCAAAGGUCCUCACAAUGUCGGAUGAAACCUCUGUGUUAGAUGUUUGUAGGAGAAUGGCAGCUCGUCGUGUUAAUGUCGCGAUAUUUACGGAUGCUGAUAGUUUGCUUUGUGGAAUAGUCACCGGCAAGGAUAUAGCAACUAAAGUUGUUGCAGAAAAACUAAGCCCACACCAAACAAUAAUAUCAAAAAGUUACGACAAAAAAUCCUAUUUUUGUCUCUUCUGA